CACCAAUUCAUACCCGUCACAUCAUCUCCCUUUUUUUUCCUUUUGAAAAAUAAAUCACUUGGAAAAAUCAAUUCACAAUGGCUUCCACUACUUCGCCCUACGACAGCUACCAGACUUCGCUGACUGGCCGCUACUGCAGCCCCGCCAUGUCCCAGCUCUUCAGCCAGCGAUCUCGUCACUCGACAUGGCGCAAGCUCUGGCUCGGUCUUGCGGAGAGCGAGCGUGAGAUUGGCAUUGACACUAUCACCGAUCAGGCUCUGGAGGAGAUGAAGGCUCAUCUGAUUGUCUCUGAUGCCGACUUUGAGGUUGCCCGCGUUGAGGAGAAGAAGCGCCGCCACGAUGUUAUGGCUCACGUCCACGCCUUUGGUGUUGUUGCCCCCGCCGCUGCUGGCAUCAUCCACUACGGUGCUACCAGCUGCUUCGUCACUGACAACGCCGAGCUCAUCCUCAUGCGCGAGGCUCUCGACCUUCUCUCCAAGAAGCUCGCCAAGGUCAUUUCCAACUUGUCCGCCUUUGCUCUCAAGUGGAAGACCGAGCCCACUCUCGCCUAUACCCAUCUCCAGGCCGCCCAGCUCAUCACUGUUGGUAAGCGUGCUGCCCAGUGGGCCCAGGACCUCAUGCUCGACCUUCACGCCAUUGAGCAGGUCCGCAGCGAGCUCAAGUUCCGUGGUGCCCAAGGAACCACCGGUACCCAGGCCUCGUUCCUCGAAGUCUUCCAGGGCGACUCUGCCAAGUGCGACAAGCUCAACGAGCUCCUCUGCGCCAAGUUUGGCUUCCCCAGCUGCUACGAGGUCUCUACCCAGACCUACACUCGCAAGGUCGACCUGAUUAUUGCCAAUGCCGUUGCUGGCCUUGGCUCCUCUGCCCAGAAGAUCACUGGUGAUAUCCGCCACCUUGCCCACUGGAAGGAGAUUGAGGAGCCCUUUGAGAGCUCCCAGAUUGGCUCUUCCGCCAUGGCCUACAAGCGCAACCCCAUGCGUUCUGAGCGUGUUUACGCCCUUUCUCGCGAGCUUCUCAGCAAGCCCGCGUCUUUCCAGGCUACCCACGCCGACCAGUGGAUGGAGAGAACUCUCGAUGAUUCCGCCGUCCGUCGUAUCGACAUCCCCGAGACCUUCCUCCUCGCCGAUGCCAUCCUCAUCGGCCUCGACAACAUCACCGACGGCCUCGUCGUCUAUCCCAAGCGCAUUGCGGCCCACGUCCAGUCCGAGCUCCCCUUCAUGAUCACCGAGACCAUCAUUAUGCGCCUCUGUGCCCAGGGUGUCUCUCGCCAGGAUGCUCACGAAGAGAUCCGUGUCCUCUCCCAUGAGGCCGGUGCCGUUGUCAAGAACGAGGGUAAGCCGAACGACCUUGUCGAGCGCAUCCGCAACAAAGAGUUCUUUAAGCCCAUCUGGGGCGAGCUGGACGGUAUGCUCAACGCCGAACUGUACACUGGCCGCAGUGCCGAGAUUGUCGACAAGUACUGCGGACCUGGCGGUGCUGUUGAGAAGGCUCUUGCUCCCUACGCUGAGUACAUCAAGGGUGCUACUACUGCCGAGCUCAACGUUUAAGACGCGAAAACAUUUUUAAAAACGAACGUGAAUUUAUGAAUUACUAGACAAGGAAAAGAAGCCAAAAUAUUAUACCCGUUAUCAAAACAAGAAAAACACAAAACGCCAAUACUCCGUGACACCAAAAUCUUCUGUCCAUGUUUCCGAAAGUUUAACCACCAUUGACUGUUUAAGCACUACUUGGCCAGAAAGCCAGCAUCCUUCCAACGACGAAGGUAUUUGCGAAUAAGUUCUUCACUAAUCGGUUUGCUGUUGCGCAUAGUCUCUGAAUGCUCACGACUAUGUUUUGUAUCAAGAAUCAGUGGUCCGGUCGACAUGCGUAGGAAAUGCGUCUCCCAAAAGGACAUGAGCUGUUUGGCGGGGUUAUCAGCGAUGGGUGCAUCGCAGCUCUGUACUUUGUCGAGCCAGUCUUGAUAAGGGAUCAUGUUUUCUGUUGGGAUGUUCAACUCAUCAGCUAGAAUGCGAAUUGUUGGUGCCCACGGCUGACGACUUGGGUUCUCAAUUUGGUAAAUCGCAUAAGGAUCUGCCUCUGACAUGAGAAUAUCCAACAGCGAGUUGGCAACAUCAUUGACUGGAUACCAAGACAUCGUGCCAGGUAGGUUCGGGAGACUGUUGAGAAGCUGUGCUGAUUUGACAAAGAAUGAAAAGUGUUCAAUCGGAUUCCAGUACCCGUUGGUUCGUGAGCCACUGAUUUGCGCAAUGCGCACUCCAGUAGCGCGGAAUCUGUCUGGAUAGCGUCGCAGUGUCUCUUCCAGCAUUCUUUCGCACACAAUCUUUGCAUCCGCAUAACCGACUGGUAGGGCUGUAUCGGCGGUAGUUGGAAGCUCUGGAGCCAAGUACUGUCCAGUCCAGAUGGGAUAAUAGCCAACUGCUCCAAUGGAGGAAAUGAGCUCGAAACUGAUGCGAUCUGAAGGCGGUCUAGUGGCAGCACAGUCUCGCGCAAAGUCAAUAAGAGUGCGCAUGACCUGGAACUGUGGCUCAUAGGCCGUAGUCGUGCGUGUUAAGCUCAUCGGCCAAGCGUUGUGGAUAAUAUGCGUAACUGAUUGUACCAGAUCGCGAUAAUCGUCAACGGAUAGACCAAGACGGAUCUUGCUUGUGUCGGUACCAAUAAUCUUGAGCUUGGCUAAUGCAUCGGUAUCUAUGUCUAUCCCGCGCAUCCUAAAGGCGUCGUGUUGUCUCGUGGUGAUGUCUACCGUACCAAGACGGUUCAUGCAAACCACCUUUGUCACUCCAGGAAUUUGGAGAGCCGACGAUGCAAUAUGCGAUCCCAGACUACCCGUGGCUCCAGUGACUAACAAACAUUUCUCCUUAGCAACCGUGGAGCUUCGUGUUAUCGAUGCUGCUUCUGAACUAGCAAGCGUAAAGUCAGCGGUGUAUUUGAGGAUGAAUCCGUCGUUAAUUCGUCUCCGAUCUGUGGCAUUCGUCAGCUCUGCAUGAGACAAUGUGAUUGGAUACGCAGUCUGAGCAGCGCUGCCAUCGUACCUUAUAUCGGAGGCGAAUCCAAAAAUGACACGCUGCACCUGAGCCUCACGCCGCUGACCGUCAGUAUAGUCAACAU